UUUUCAAAAUACAUAAGCACACUAUCAUCCAGCAGUAUCCGCAACGUAAACAAAACAAUGCAUAUUUAAUAAAUUGCUUUAUUUUAAAUUGUAUGCACCGACAUGAACAACAAUCGCGUCCGCAUUGUAAUUGUAGGCGAUUCAGGCGUGGGAAAAACUUGUUUAACACACUUAAUAGCGCACAAUGAAUCACUUAUACGCCCAGGUUGGACAGUGGGCUGCAACAUACAGGUGAAGAUACAUGAAUUCAAGGAAGGCACCGCACGACAGUGUCCCUAUUUUGUGGAGCUGUUUGACAUUGGCGGCUCGCUGAGUCACAAAAAUACCAGAAGUGUCUUUUAUAACUGUAUACACGGCAUCAUACUGGUGCACGAUCUGACCAAUGGAAAAUCACAGGAGCAGCUACUCGAUUGGCUUUAUGAAAUAGUCAACAAGGACGGCAAGGAUACAUACAAGUGCCGCGGCAGCUCACUGCCGCCUUCACCUUUGCCCAACUAUAGUGAGGAGCCGCAUCUGCGUUUUGAUCUGGAAGAGUUUCUGGGUGCAACGCAGAUACCCAUACUGGUGAUGGGCACCAAGCUGGAUCUGAUAGAUGAGAAGCGCCAGCCCAAGACGGCGGUAAAGAAGGCAGGCGGAAUAGCUGACAAGUGCGGCGCUGAGGAGAUCUGGCUAAACUGUCGUGAUACACGAAGUCUGGGCGCAGGGACAACGGAUGCUGUAAAACUUUCACGCUUCUUCGACUGCGUCAUUGAGAAGCGCGAGUAUAAUAAUGGUGGUGGCGGUGGCAGUAGUGGCGGCAACAUUGAUAGACGUCGACCCGUGCCACAGUCCAGCAACACCAAUGAUUACCUCAACUAUGUGCCCAAGCCCAGCACUGCUGCUGUGCCGUUGCUGGAAACAAGUGAUCUUAAAUAAAAGUUAACAAGCUCUUUCAUAAGUCAAUUGUUGUCUAAU